ACCACCGAAUCAAGACGUGGUGCGUGUCGACGCGUCCUCCUCUCUACGAUGUCGCGUAUACAUAGCCGUGAUUUUUAUUAAAAAAAAAAAAAAAAAUAAAUAAAUCCUCCCCCCGUUUGACCGAGUUAAACCCGCUCGGCGAUGAGAAGAAACUUGCCGACCACCCUCUUCGCUACGUUCCGUCAGACUUGAACCGUGUGAUCAGUGUAAAUCGUGUUUCCAGGAGUUCGUAUCGACGGAUAAUCCGACGAGUUUCAGUGGAAGGAAUCGCGUCCGACGUGACCGCACGUGAAAACGAUGUUGGAACUUUGUUCGCGGGGAUGCGAUAGGCUUUGAAUGCAUCUUCCUACCCUUUCGAUCGACCGAAGUGCAUCGAACUUUCGAUCUCGCUUACGCUUUGAAAAUGAUAAAACGUUGAUGAUAAGGAUGAAACGCUUCGCGAAACGGACUCAUAGACGCUUUGGAGAUUGUUUCUGGUGUUGAUUCCUUUUUAACCUGCUCUAAAUAUUCGAUGAUCAAUCGAAUAGCGGCCGUUCGGCUAUCGGACUGAGCUCGAGAAACGAAAGAGUUGAAGGAAUUGAAACGAUCCACACGGAGGAUCGAAAGUUUCCCGGUUUCACGGGGAAAGUUGACGGCGUAAGCGUUCCCGAUGCGCGUCCUCUUCAUCCCCGUGGCGGCUAGUGCGAAAGGUGGCAUAUUUGAAACUUGAGCAACGUCUCCAUCGAGCAGUGCGCGCGCGAGUUUUCCGCCAGUUUACGCCCUGGAAGAGGGAACGUCCUAUGGAAGAUCCACGGAAGGACAAUAGACCGAAAGAUAAUCGAUCCUCGUACGCGAUCGAAGCGUCGCGGGGGUGUUUUGGAUCGGACUAACGUCGAGCCUGCCUCGGAUCUUUUCCUCUCGCUGUUGCUCGUAUCAGCGUCGGACACCGUUCCCCAAUUACCGGGACGAUGAGAACGCGUUCGCGAUAAAGAUUCCCCCGAGUCGUUUAGUGUUUUGCGUGACAGUGAGUGGACGGUGCGCUGUCAGCCGGCGAAGAGGAUGUGAAUCGCUUCAGUAUCAAAGUGAACGCGACGUCGAAAAAACAGUUGCGGAGAUGGCUUUGAGGUGGCAGGCGAGGCUGUCCAUUGCUGCCAUACUCUUCAUGUGCACCGAAGAUACACUCAGUUUAGGAGAUCGGACGAUAGACAUGGAUCGACACGUCAGCCAAAGCAGACCGCGAAACCAAUUGCUGGUGGACCCUUCGAGCGUGAAAGCGAAGGCCGAGCCGACGUUCGACUAUUCGCAAAACACCAACGUGACAGCCCUGAUUGGAAAGACCGCUUAUCUGACGUGCCGAGUCCGCAACGUGGGCGACAAAACCGUAUCCUGGGUCAGGAACAGAGACAUUCACAUUUUAACGGCAGGGUCGUACACCUACACGAGCGAUCAGCGAUUCCAAGCGCUUCACAAAAAAAAUACAGGCCAAAAUAGCGAGUGGUCUGAAUGGACUCUUUGCAUAAAGUGGGCGCAAGAGAGAGACCAGGGACUGUACGAGUGUCAGAUCUCCACUAUUCCCGUCAAGUCGCACCAAUUUCGUUUAAACGUCGUUGUACCGACAGCAACGAUACUGGGUGGUCCAGAUCUGUACGUGGGCGCUGGAAGCACGAUAAACCUGACGUGUGUGAUACACUUCAGCUCGGAACCACCAGCCUACAUCUUUUGGUACUACAAUAAGCAAGUGUUGAGCUACGACAGUCCCAGGGGUGGCAUCUCGGUGAUAACUGAAAAGGGCGGCGACGUCACCACCUCUUGGCUCCUUAUUCAGACGGCGCAACCCUCGGACUCCGGGGAGUAUAGCUGCAAACCCAGCAACGCCAAUACCGCGUCCAUCAAAGUUCACGUUCUGAAUGCAGGCGAACGACCAGAGGCGAUGCAGACCGGAACUGCGGGACCCAUCUUAUCCUCGAGCUGUCUAUUGGUGUCCCUCAUCAUUUUGUACAUAUCGUCGGUGUAAACGAACGAAAGGGUGGCGACAGCGUGGCCGCAACGCCGAUUAGGCCGAGUUUUCAAGUAUGUCAGGGUAUGUUCUUCGACGAGUUCACGCAACCCGGUUUACCAGGAUCGAUAGAAUCGUUCGUGAACGGACUCUGCUAAUUUCACGUGUAUCGAGUACCACGAUUCUCGUAUUCGUACGUUCGAUUCCUAUGUUCGCAGAGGAGACAACGUGUCGUCUGCUCGCCAGUUUUAUGAACGAGAUCAUUUCGAACGACUCUACGAUCUCGAGGCAAUCUUGAUCUAGGAAACGCGUUCGGAUCGUCGGGAUUAACGGACGCGCGUGUCCGAACGAAGAAAACGUUUAAUUAAGAGAACGUCGACGCUGAUACCGUGAACGACUUCGGUUCGAUAAAGAAAGAUUUUCAUAAUUAGUCCGCGUUUCGGAGGAAUAUAAAUUUCCUACGAUCUUGUUUCGCGAUGCCUUGAUAAUCCACGAUGAAAGGAGCCGAUUCGAGGACGACCAUCGCGCUUUACGAUCGGUCGAAUCCUCCGACAUGCAGGACACUAUUCGGAGGGAAAUAAAACGUGACUCGAUUUCUCGAUCACUCGCCGUUAACAAUGGAGAUGGUUCCUCGAAGACGUUGCAAAAUUCCUCCCCUUUAUUUGGAGUUUCGAGUAUUCGCGAUCGUAGGAGACCUCGUUCUGGGAAUCAGAGAAAUUGGGUAACUGGAAAGUUGAAGUUGAAGGAAUCGAACAGCUCCCUUGAUCCGUUCGUCGUUCGUUCGAGGUAUUAGCGUCCGGCCAGGGUAACAGGAAACUUGUACAUAACGUCUGUAUUAUAAAUUGUGGCCGGGUGUGAUGAUAGUUACACGCCGAGUACGCGAGCGUAAAUGCGUGCACGCGGCAAAACACACACUCUCUCUCUCUCACGUGAAACCGAUGUGCUGGCGGAUCUAGUAAUUGCGUUUAUCGCGGGAAAAUCGAGUUUCGCGGUUGAAGUGGCUCCGAACGAGCGACGCGCCAACCAUGAACCGGGAAUCUUCGUCGACAGGGUUCGUGGAGGUAGGUGAAAAUACUAAACGCUGGAUUAUCGCUUCGAGUUUCGUCAAAGGAACUUCAUUUUUUUCCUUUCCUUCCCGUUCUUCCCUUCAUUUCCCGGCAGACUUUUUGCUACGACUACGGGGAAGAUUAAUCGUCAACCGACGAGUUGGAGACACGUUGACCCGGUGUUAUUCUUUUCAACAGCGAUCGCUUCGAUCGAGAGCAGCUGAAUUUAUAACUAUCGCGUAUAUCAUAAACUUCGAAUGCCUGGAUAUUCAUUCUCGCAUUUCUUUUUUGAAUAAAAAAUAAAAAGAAAAUCCAGCGUCGCGGUACAAAACUCGACAAAGCUAAGCGAUGAUCUUGCCCCGACUUCCAGGUAAUCGAACUUCCCUUACGAAUCUUUGUCGUUCUUUCCGAAUCGGUGGUCCGCGAACCAAACAGCGUCAGCUUUCAAACGAAUUUCCCUCGCGAGUCCAGAAACCUUUUUACUACUUUGUAUAUUUUUCCUUCCUUUCAAACGCUUCCCUGCGUGUACGUGACACAACGGUGAGAAAGGCUGUAGAACGAGAGCCGUCACGUAAAUCGCGAAGGAUCGUAAAGAUAGACAAGGGUUGCACCACCGAGUUGGAUCCACUUCGAUCGCGACGCGAGAACACGACAAUUUUCACUUUCUAUUUGUGUGUGCGUGUGUGUGUGUGUGUGUCUGUAUCGAUGUGAUAUCCUCGCAGGUAGAGCAGGAAAGUAUCGGGCGUGGAAAAAAGUAUCCCUUUUCCCGCGCUACACACCAAUCGAAUUUCCCUUCACUCUUGUGUUCCUAUUUACCACCAUGCUGGCGAUUCUUUCCUCGGACUUGCGCGACCCGUCGGCAAAGACGAAGGGGAGAGCUAAAGAGAGAGAAACGAUUUCCAACCGGAACAUUCGACGGACCGAAAGUUUUUCCAGAUGGAAGCGGAAGGCUCGAAUCGAUACGCGAAACGUGACUUCGGCCGCGUAAACUACGGAGAAUAAUUGCGUGAACCUCGAGAGCAACGGGGGAAGGGGUUGAGAAAAGUUUCCGAAUUUCUCUUCCCCUUUCGACGGAAAGUACGUGUAACGGAUAGGACGCGGUCCAUUAACCGACUGACCGUAGAUUCGAUCUCGCGUCGCGAAUUACGUCCGCGGGAAACUCGGCCGGGGAUACGUUAUUUUGUUGGAAACUCGUUUAUCCAGCUGAUCGAUAAUAACGCUCGCGGCUAUUUCAUAGAAAAUCGCGUUUCCUCGACUUGUUCACAGGGUAGAUAUACUUUUCGCUUUUCACUCACCCCUAAGGCUGUCCCGGAAAAUUCCAUACGGUUAUUCCUCGAUUAGCAGCUCCGCUUAUCUGAAAAUACAGGAAAAUUUGAUUAUAUUCAAUCGCGAUCUUCUAUUUCAUAAUUACAAGAGGAAAAUUAAUUUUCUUUCCCGGAACGGAAUGGUUUUUUCAAUUUGGUAAUUGCAUCGGUAACAUAAAGAUCCUGUACAAGAGUGUACCACACUUUACGAUAUUUUCCAGCUAGAAAACAGGCGGUAUACUCGGCGAAAGGGGAAACGAGGAAAAGGGAGGAAAGAAAGAAGGACGGUGCAUCGAAACAGACUCUGGAUUUCGUUCGUUCCAGUUGAACAAAUCGGUCGCGAAUCGAAUUCAGCUGCCGUCGAUGCAAUUCGAUUCGAGAGUUGUCCUCCCUGCUCGCAAGCUUCGAUCUCGUUUCCCUGACCGUGCACAAAUCGCUUUGCCCUCGGUGUGGCCACUUUGUUACCGUGUUCGCGGCCUUUUACCCCCGGUCGAAAGGAAAAGUGAUGUCGACGAAUCGUGGAGAAAAACCGCGCGAAAAACUCCAUCGAAGCGGCUGAAAGAACAAACGGCCCAGUCCUCUCCCUCUCUCUUUAGAAUCUCUCUAUCGACUUUUUUCCGACUCGAUGCACGCGUUAUCGCGACGUAUCACCGCACAGACUAGCUAACUAAGCGAAACUAAACAAUAAGUGUCGCCGUUCAGCGAGACGGCCGUUCGAGGAGGCGAUCGCGAUGAAAAGCUGAGAAAAGAAAAAUAAAAAAGAUGAUGAGAAACACGUUCGAAAACGACGCGUCGCAGACGUCACUCGGCAAGCCUGUAGCUCUUAAUCGACGAUGCUGAUGCAAGAAAGAUGAUAAAUGAGAGGGAGAAUAAAACCACGAAAGAAUCUGUAAUCGCAGCGAUAUCGUUUAGACUAGAUAGGUAUAUUAUUGUACAUACUACAACAUUACGAUGUUUAAUAAAUAAAAACGUUGAAAGAA